CUCUUUUCCCCUCAACCAUCUCCAUCGAAUCCCUUUCUCCAAUCUUCCAACAUGUGUGACUCCAAAGACUGCAAGUCCAGUGGAACCCCCUCCACGGACGGAGGGUCAACCGACAAAGGGUUCACCUACACUGGCUCUGGGGUCAAUGACAAGGGCAAUCACUACUGCUCCCGUGACUACGGUCCAAGCUCUGGCUCCAAUGGAGAGGAGGGAAAACCCGGCUACCACUACUCCAACAGUGACGGAUCAUACUACUACUCCAACCCCAAUGGCAGCAAGUACUACAAUGACGGAAAGGGCUACGAUCGAUACACCGCCCCAGACGGGCAGACCUUCGAGCGUCACGAAACCCAGGACCAAGGCUCCGGUGAGACAAACGAGAGUAGGGUGACUGCCGGAGUGGAAAUUACUGAGGAGGGUGCUGAUGAGGCCACCGACGGUGAUGACGAGGAGGAUUCCAGCGAUGGGACGGGCUCGUGUGCCUCGUAUGAUUAUGAUGGGGAACCGUUUGGCGGUCUUGAAGAGGCGAUUUACAGUGAUGAAGAGGGCUUGGAGGGUGGCGAUGACGAUGACCAGUAUGGUGAAAGUUGCGGAGAUUUUGAUGAUGUACCUGUGGAAGAAAUCGUCUUUUAUUAUUGAUGCUUUUGAAG